AUGCUACAGAACUACAGAGCUACGCCACACGCUACCACAAGUGAAUCUCCAUUCAAGCUCCUGCGAGGGAGAUCUAUGAGAACAAAACUGGACAUACUGCCCCAGAGUGACUACACAGGACAGUAUGAGGAGCUGAGGUCAAGGGUAGCUCUUCGUCAGGCAAAAAGCAAGAGUUACACAGACAAAAAGAGAGGUGCUAAAGCUCCUAAACUCGCAGUAGGAGACAAGGUCCGUAUCCGCAAGCCUUUUCACGUUGGGAAAGGAGAGAGACAGUACACUGACCCGGUGUCCGUCCAAGAACAAACCAGAUACAGCACUUUCAUCUUGAGUGACGGGAAACGGUGGAAUGCAAACCGCCUUUCUCUCUGCGCAGGAAGAGCAGAAGACCCUACUCGAGCUGGGACUGCAGGAUCUAAUACCAGCCUCACAGAGACUGUACCAAACCGCACUGCUCCACAAAGAGAGCACAAACCUCCCGCAUGGACCAAAGACUAUGUUUUGAAAUAG